AGUACCAGAACUCUCUCAACCGCCGCAUCUCCGUCGCUAUCUACAGAUGGCGGAUAAGAAGAAGCGAAAGCGAUCAAAAGAUGACGAGGCGGAGGAACUUCCUUUCAAAAGCAUUCUGGAAUCAGACGACGUUAUCACGGAGCUUCUCAAAUCCUAUAUUUCCUCUUCUAUCAAAGCCGCCGCCGGAGCUGGCGGUGCCUCCUCCUCUUCAUCGAAACCACUAACCCUAGCGGACCUCUCUCUCUCAUCUUCCUGUCGUGAAGUCGCAGAUCUCUCACUCUCCUCCGUGCAGACAGAGAUAGAGACAGUCAUCGUCCAGAUCGCCCGUUCAAUUCUCGCCGGCGAUGGCUUUUCCUUCAGUGUUCCUUCACGCGCCGCCUCGAAUCAACUGUAUGUACCGGAGCUCGACCGUAUUGUGUUAAAAGACAAAUCCACCCUUCGCCCCUUUGCCUCCGUUUCUUCUGUCAGGAAAACCACCAUCACCACUCGUAUUCUCGCCCUUAUCCACCAACUCUGCCUCAGGAACAUUCACGUUACCAAGCGUGAUCUCUUCUACACCGACGUUAAGCUUUUCCAGGACCAGACACAGAGUGAUGCUGUGUUGGAUGAUGUCUCGUGUAUGCUCGGCUGUACAAGGUCAAGCCUCAAUGUAAUUGCAGCAGAGAAAGGAGUGGUGGUGGGUAGGCUCAUAUUCAGUGACAAUGGAGAUAUGAUAGAUUGCACAAAGAUGGGGAUGGGUGGGAAAGCCAUUCCACCAAACAUUGACCGGGUUGGAGAUAUGCAGAGUGAUGCUAUGUUCAUACUCUUAGUUGAAAAAGAUGCAGCUUAUAUGAGGUUAGCUGAAGACAGAUUCUAUAACCGGUUCCCUUGUAUCAUCGUGACUGCAAAAGGCCAGCCUGAUGUAGCUACAAGGCUGUUCUUGAGGAAAAUGAAAAUGGAGCUAAAGCUUCCGGUACUUGCCUUGGUGGAUAGUGAUCCUUACGGGUUGAAGAUCUUGUCAGUAUACGGAUGUGGGUCGAAGAAUAUGUCUUAUGAUAGUGCAAACUUGACUACACCUGAUAUUAAGUGGCUUGGAAUCAGGCCAAGUGAUUUGGACAAGUAUAAGAUACCUGAACAGUGUAGGUUGCCAAUGACUGAGCAGGAUAUUAAGACCGGGAAGGAUAUGCUAGAGGAGGAUUUCGUGAAGAAAAACCCCGGGUGGGUUGAAGAACUUAACCUGAUGGUGAAAACAAAGCAGAAGGCUGAGAUUCAGGCGUUGAGCUCUUUUGGUUUUCAGUAUUUAUCAGAGGUUUACUUGCCCCUGAAACUGCAGCAGCAGGAUUGGCUCUGAUCAUCAGGUCGCUGUCUUCCUGUUCAAUUAGAGACACCAACAAGUGCACGCUACAGAUUUCGAGUUUCUGAUAAUGUAAUUGCUUGUUUCCUAGCAUGUGAAUGGUUGCAA